AGCAAAAUUCAGUGCUUGGCCCGCAACCGUGUCCGCACCGUCCCGCAGCGAACUUUGACCCGCGGCAGGAUCGGCGGAAUCGCGCGAGGGAUUCGAAGUGUCGUCAAUUGCAAUCGCGUUGUCCAUCAAUCGUCCCGCCGCGGAGAAAUUGCACGCACCUACGCGAUCUUGGGGGGAAAAGGAGAAAGAAAAAAGUGCGGGAAGGAACGAUUAAUUAUGCCCGGGACGUUUUCCGUGGCGCCGUGAGGGCACUUUCGCGGUAAACGCUUAUUAUUUUCCUCGCUUUUUCUCUCUCUCUCUCUCUCUCUCUCUCUCUCUCUCUCUCGAGUUCUUUUCUUCUCCUUUUGCUUUUUUUCCUCGCGAAGGGUGAGAACCAGAAUGAGAGGAGAGGAGAGAUGUGUGUUUGUCCGUUAUGCCGGCGAGUGCCGGCGUAAUCCCGCGGGUACUUUUCGAAGGGCCAACGAUGGCGAGUGAGCGUUUGCAUCGGACGAUGGGCAGACGGCAACUCUCGGACACGGAGCGGCGCGCAUGAAUCGGAUUGAGAGAUGAGUGCGUGAAAAAUGGCACCGUUCCACGGCAUGACCCUCCUGCUCUUGGGAAUCGGAUACCUGUUACACGCGGAACCGUUUCACGGCGUACGCGGCACCGCGUUCUUGCAUCUCAACGACGACGCGUUCGGCAAGGGAGAGAAGUCGCAGCGCGGCACAAAGAAGACAUAUUUUUUCAAGGAUACGCCGCAAAAGUUGACGGUGGCCAUAGGUCAGGCCGCUAUGCUGUUGUGUCGCGUCAAGAACUUAGGAAACAGAACUGUGUCUUGGAUCCGAAAAAGGGACCUACACAUCUUAACGUCCAAGUCGGUGACUUACACGAGCGACGCGAGAUUUACGGUAGUCGGCAAUCCGGAGACCGACGACUGGAAUCUGCGAAUAGAUUACGUGCAACCGCGGGAUGCCGGCAUUUACGAGUGUCAGGUUAAUACAGAGCCGAAGAUAUAUAGAGCCGUGGCACUGAAGGUUUUGGAUAUACAGGCGAGGAUCACAGGUCAGAAGGAGCUAUACAUUAGGAAAGGCAGCACAAUCAGCCUGACCUGCACCAUCGAGCUGCAGGAUCUACCCCCGAGCAACGUGACCUGGUACCAUGCAGGCGCGGUGAUCGAUUUCGACGGGCCAAGGGGCGGCGUAUCGCUGGAGACGGAGAAGGGUAAGCGGGGCACCACCAGCAAGCUUCUAAUAACGCGCGCCCUCCUUAACGAUAGCGGUAAUUAUACAUGCGCGUCGAGCAAAGUCACUCCUGCGAGCGUCAUGGUGCACGUACUAAACGGCGAGCAUCCUGCAGCGAUGCAACACGGCGGCACCGGUGAUGCAAAUAGGAGACUCAUUCUGCUCGUCCUGAUUUUCCUCGUCGAUACGAUGUUUCGGUGAGCGUCGCCGCCGUCGAUCUCUCUUCCUCCUUGUGCGCGCACACACACUGGGGGCUACUUCUCAAUCAUUCGUUCCGAGGACCCGCGCGGGAAUAUCUGCCGCCGCCGUCGAGGCGAUGUAAUAAUCCACGGGACUGUAUAUAGCGCGCGAUUUUCCGCCAGGGAGAAGCCAUACUUCUCCAUUUUCGUUCUCAUCGUCGUCCCCAUCCAGAGGCCGGAAUAUGUGUUUUAACGCUAAUUUAGAGCCACCACUGCUACGUAACGUACGUUCCAGCCGCAUCGUCUUAAUCGGAUCUCCGAUUCGCAGCCCCAAUCAUCCCCUUUUCCAAUGCCUUCUCCCUCCCCCACUUUCUCCAUUACCUGCUCGCAUUUACCUGUCUGGAGACAGGUAAAUACCUGUCGCGAAUACCCGUCGAAUAAGCUGCUCAAAUACAAUACCCUCGUCCGAGAUGUCACACACAGUACGAAUGUAACAUGUAUGUAAUAUAAUAAACCUUUUGGAGUUAUACGA